AUGCUGAAGUUUGCUCUUCUGCUGAGCGUCUUUGCUACAACUGCAAGCAACCUGGCUGAUUGCCCAACUCUGCGUCUGAGCGGAGCUGGCACCAGCGGCCGAUGCUACAACUGCGGUUUGGCUGGUCACCUUGCGCGCUCCUGCCCAAGCCCAGCUGGCGCAGGUGCCGUUCCUGGAGCUGGACGUGGUCUUGGCGCUCCUCGCGGCGGAUACGGAGGUGGAUUUGUUCCCCGUGGAGGACCUCGCACAGCCACUUGCUUCAAGUGUGGCGGACCAAACCACUUCUCCAGAGAUUGUGACUGCACGGCCCCUAACGGAGGUCCUCUUAACACUGCUGGCAAGAUCUGCUACCAGUGCGGCCUCGAAGGGCAUAUCUCUAAGAACUGCCCUCAAAAGGCUACCAACGGUGAGCUCGUCGCUGAUGGCGAUAUUGGUGUUGGUGGUGUUGAUGUUGCCCCUGCGGCUGCACCAGUUGCCUCAGUCGCAUAG